AUGAAAAGGAGUUUUGUCGAAAUUUGGUCCUCCAAGAGAUGCAAACGAGUUGUUGCUGGUGGUGCAUGGGUAUACUCAACUAUAGCUGCAGCAUCUGUUAGGUCGGCAGUAAGACGUCUUAGGGAAACUAAAGAACAGUAA